UUCGAUUCCCGCUCACGGCUAACACCAGUGACGAUUAUCUGAACCGGUCCUGGGCCUCCCCUAGGUCGACUCAGCCUUAAAUGAGUACCUGGUGCGGUGUGUAAACAUCGCCACUAGGGAGACAAAGGCGGUCGGGCGUGGUGCUGGCCACCCACCCCCUCGUGUGCCGUUCCGGCCUUCAUAGGUGCUCGCUAACAGCACUUGCCCCUACAGUCUGUUCAGGCUACACGGGGGAUCUUUGUUUUUUUAUCUUUGUGUAAGGAUGGUGGCCUUCAUUGGUGCCUAAUUCGAACUAAAAAGAAAUUUGAAGAUUCUUCUAAAGAGGAUUUGAAUGAAGUUAAACGAAGCAAGAUGGACAAUUCAUUGGAAAAAAUAGAAGUGGCAUUGGAUGCGGAGGUGGCAGAGGAAGACGGCAAAUGCACGCUGCCAAACGACACCAAGCAGAGGCGUCGCUCGAGCUUCGUGCGAGGCCGCGUGCGCCGGUCGCUCGCCCCGCUGCACAGCGACACGUCCGGGACAGGGAGUCGACGGCGCAGAUGGCCUGUGAAAAAUCAUUCCAGCCUUCAGUGGCAGCAGAAGAGAAGAAGCUACAUCCAGCAGAGGAAGGAAAGUGGAGGUGAAAGGGAAGACAAGCUUUAUAAGACGAUCAGCAUGGACUUGCCUGUGGAGGAGAGGCUGUGCCAUCUGCUGCAGGCGCUUUCCAGAACAUACCUGCAAAAGCUGAAACUGUCCGAGGCCGGCGCUGAGGGCUUUGACUUUGCCGCUUUUGAAGACAAAGCCAUGCAGUGCGUGAGCGAGGCUAUUGGGGCCCUUAAGAAGGAUGGGACGUUGCAGCGAUGCACCGAACAGCCUAAAAGCGUGCCUCUCACUCCCAAGUCGGAGAAGAAGAUGUCUGUGGUCUUAGGAGACAUAACCAGGCUGACGAGCGAGGAUGCCGCGUGGGAACAGCUCGUCGCAGAGUACCAGGGCCGCGCCGAGGAGACCUCCAGGAAAGAGGAGCAGCUCAGGACGAGUCAGGGCAAGGAGACGCUGUUGUGUAUGCCACCUCUGUCGGAGGAGGUGGCCGCCUUGCUGGGUCCGGAGAAGCCCGACUACAGCGCGCUUCUCGCUGACCUUCCACGCACCACCGACACUGUGGAAAUUGUGCUCGACCAUCUGCAGGAAGCGGCGAGGCUUCUCACGAGCACGGUCACCGAGACCGAGCGUGUCAUCGAGAAGGAGGAGACGGUGAUGAGGAAUACUUUGUUUGGAGAAGUGGAGGCGUCGUGGGACUUCUUAACCGGAGCGGUGGAUCCAGAAAAUCCAUCUCCUGUGAUCACGCUCUUCACCAAGUGAACCCAGAUCACUUACCCCAGAUCACUUUCUGGAAUUUGCUUCAUUUGACAAAAGAAAAAGCAUUAUUCAGGUGACUGGCAGCUCGGCUCGGGAGCGGGGGGGGGGGGUGCUAAUGCACGUAUUGUAGAACGGAAUCAGAGCCGCCUAGAUCCUGCGCUUAAAUUCCACGCUCCCACCUUAGAUUAAGGCAGCUUCUCAAGUGCAGCUGUCGCCAAUGACUCCACCAAAUAAAGAACUGCAUAGAACUUCGCUUCGCACUUGAUUUGGCUUCACCCAACAACCAUGAGGAUGUUUGUCCGGCAGACCCGCGUCGUUAAACCACUCGCUCAUCGCUUCAGCUGAAGAAUGUGCCCUAGAAGUCACGGUGAGUUUGACCUUUUUGAAGGAUGCCAGAAGGCCCUGUGUGAUAUCACAUCCGGGUACUUCCCCCAGUGCGAUGUGAGGCUCCGCUGCGUUCUGGAGGUUUUUGGUAAGUCAAAAUACGUUUCUGCCCUGUGCCAACAUAUGCCGUAGCAUGAUUGGGUUAAAUUGGACUCGUAUAACAGUAACAUUUCAAGACAAUGAUACAUUAUUGCAUACGUUUGUUGGUGCUUUAAUUCUAUAAUAAUCACAAUAUGCCUGAGCGGUGGUGGGCUGACCACUAGGCCUGUUGGUGUGGGAUCACCGAUGCGAUGUCUGUUGCCGUCCUGCAACAACGAGAGACGUUCACGACACGUGUUGGCCGUAUAGCGGAUGUUAUUAAAGGAGCCUGUGGUAUUGGUAGAAAAAGGUGGCCGUUGUAUAUUGAUAACAAAUCGCACGCAAAUCAACUUAAUUAAUCCGAAUAGUUGUAAGAUUAAUAAUUUUUUAAGCGUUUUUUUCCUUUGUAUAUUGUAGCAAAACAUGCGUGCAUAUGCAUAUACGUCAAGGCCACCAAAACGUUUUAAGACUGCAUUGAAAUAAAAAAAAAACAUUAAGCGGCUUGCAAAAUAUCACAACAACACGGCUUGCAAGUUAUGUUUUAUAUAUAUAUUUACAAAAUACUACCGUACACUGGUAAAUGCAUAUUCGAAUUGUCAAGUACUGUGUGAGGAAAGGAGGUUUGCCUUUACUUGAAAAUCACUUGAACUGAAUUGGACAACAUUCUCUUCCGAUGUAACUGCUCCAGACCCCAGGUCUCCCUUCCAAUCGAGAUAAGGGCUCUCAAUGGGCUGUCACCGUGUUAACUAAAGGGCAGCGUGGGUUCAAUUUUUGGCCUAGGAUGACAAAUGGGAGAGUGAAUGAAAUACUUGCUAAUCCAAUUCUAACGGCAAGCGGCAAAGAUACACAUUAGGAAGGACCACUUCUCGUGUGCCUUUCUAGAUCACCACCCAUUAUUUUCGGUGACAAUUCUAGUUAGAAGGGCAAUCUCUUUUUUUGCUGCAAAUUCAAUUCUUGCCGCUGCAAUGCAGCAAGAUGACAUUCCGUAGCUGUUUGCAAAUGCGCUUGGCGAUUUAAUGCAGUCACUUCACCGUUUUUAUCACGCAUGUAAUCGUCUUGUAUAGAUGUGUGUUUCUGCCCCGUCGGGCCUUUUUUAAAUGUUUUUUUUUA